AUGAGUAGCUCCAGCUGCCACAAUACUGUGCACAUGUCAGCUUACAGCAGCAAAAUUGUGGCACAGCACUGCAAAAAUCAAAAGUCCUGUAAAAAUCAAGUUGUGGCCUCAAGAGAUGAAGACAACAAUAUUCAAACUGGUGUGAAAGUGGAUGAACCUUAA